AUGGGAUAUGUUCAGAAUCGUACUCGUCCCGAAGGUUGCAUUGCUAAGCGGUAUAUAGCUGAAGAAGCUGUAGAGUUUUGUACCAAGCAUUUAUCUGAUGUUAGCACAGUUGGAGUGCCUUCAAGCCAAAAGAUGGGAGUUUCAAAGCCAUUAUCAAGUUGCACAGUGAGUGUAGUUGAUCGGGACCUGUUGAACCAAGCACAUCUAUAUGUCUUGGAGAAUACGGAGGAAGUCCUACCUUAUAUCGAGUACGUAUGA